AUGAAGAGCCAAGACAAUGACGAAGAUGAGGAAGACGAGCCAAAGCUUAAAUACGAGCGACUGGCCGGAACUCUCAGCGAAACCUUGAAAAAGGACGCCGUGAGUUCCAUGUCCGUCUCCGACCGGUUUCUGGCUCUCGGGACACAUUGGGGCGUUGUGCACAUUCUCGAUCUCAUAGGGACGGAGGUCAAGCAGUACCGGUCACACUCAGCCACGAUCAACUCACUGAGCAUUGAUACCAACGGCGAAUAUGUCGCUAGUGCGUCUGAUGAUGGCAAGGUAGUCAUCAACAGCCUCUAUACCUCCGAGAACCAAAUCAUCAACUACAAACGACCGGUCAAAGCGAUCGCCCUAGAGCCUGACUACAGCAAGAAAAGUACGCGACAGUUCGUAUCAGGCGGCAUGGCCGAAGUCCUGAGCAUGUCCGGCAAAGGCUGGUUUGGAACCCGGGACGCGACGAUCAGCUCCGGCGAAGGGCCCAUCUACUCCGUCCUCUGGCGCGAGAAUUUCAUCGCCUGGGCCAACGAAGCCGGCGUCAAAAUCUACGACGUAGCCGCGCAACAAAAAUUCGCCUACGUCGACCGGCCCCCCAACAGCCCACGCGCCGACCUCUUCCGCUGCCACCUCGUCUGGAAAUCCGACACUCAGCUCCUGAUCGGGUGGGCAGACAGCGUCAAACUCUGCGUCAUCAAAGAACGCUCCAAAAUGGACAUCUCGUCGGGCUUACCCUCCCGCUACGUCGAGAUCGUCUGUCAGUUCAGGACCGAAUUCAUCAUCAGCGGCAUAGCGCCCUUCGACACCGACAUCGUCCUCCUCGCCUACAUGGCCGACAUGACCGCCUUCAAAAACGUCGACGUCAUCCAAUCAGGCCCUGCAAAGCGAUCCAAAGCAAAGCCUCCCGAAAUCCACAUCGUCACACCUACCGGCCAAACAGUUGCCACAGACGUCCUCUCCCUCUUCGGCUACGAGCUCUACAAUGCGAACGAUUACAGACUCGAAUACCUCCCGGCGAGUGGCAACCCGGCCGAUAACACCUUUUACAUCGUCUCACCAAAAGACAUUGUCGUCGCGAAACCGCGGGAUCUAGAUGACCACGUCGAGUGGCUCGUCGAACGCAAACGCUAUGAGGAGGCCCUUUUGGCUGCUGAGAGCGCCGGGCCGAACCACGAGGGACGGCUGCAGGUGCAUUCGAUCGUCAGUAUUGGGUUGAAGUACCUGGAAACGCUGCUCGAUGAAGGGCGGUUUGCGGAAGCCGCAGCCAGUUGUCGCAAGAUCCUACGCACUGAUGCGAAAUUGUGGGAAGACUGGAUUGGGAAAUACGCCGCUGCAGGGCAGUUGAACGUUAUCUACACGUAUAUACCCACCCACGACCCGCAGUUGCCGCCGGAACUCUAUACCCGCGUCCUAGACUUUCUGCUGCAUAACGACCUCCCAGCCCUCCGCGCCGUCCUCGACACAUGGCAGGCACAAAUCUACGACGUCGGAGCUAUGGUCACCAGCGUCGAAGAGAUGCUUGCGAAGGACACGGAAAACGACUUGUUGAGGGAUAUCGCCAUACUGCUACAUACCCACUACAAGAAAUUCGACCGCGCGCUCUACUACGCACUCACCCUCCGCCGCCCUGACGCCCUUGACCUCGUCAAACAGCACAACCUGUACGCCUUCGUCCAAAACCACGCCCUCCUAGUCAUGCAGUACGACGACUACGUAGUCACCACCGACCCGCACAUCGCUAACGCACAUCAAGUUGUGGAACAACUGAAACCGACAACAAAGUACCUGCAUAUCUUCCUCGACGCGCUGUUCCGCAGGAAUCGGUUGGAGAAUAGCGAGUUUCAUCCCAUGCAGGUCGGCUUGUAUGCGGAAUACGAUUAUCCCCGCCUCAUGGAGUUUCUAAGGACUAGUAGUUUUUACUCGGUGGAGAAGGCGUAUAAAACCUGCGAGCAGCGCGACCUCGUCCCCGAGAUGGUCUUCCUGCUAGGCAAGAUGGGCGACAAUCGACGGGCGCUGAACUUGAUUAUUUCGCGGUUGGGUGAUGCUAUAGAGUUUGCAAAGGAGCAGAACGAUGAAGAGCUGUGGGAGGAUUUGUUGACUUAUUCUAUGGAUAAACCCAUAUUCAUCGUGGGCCUACUCGAACACCUGGGCUCCCAUAUCAACCCCGUCCGCCUGAUCCGCCGCAUCCCGGACGGGCUGGAGAUUCCGGGACUGAAGGACGCUUUGAUCAAGAUUAUGACUGAUUAUGGGAUCCAGAUGUCCCUCCGCGAAGGCUGCGAAAAGAUCCUUGUCAGCGAUACCGUCUCCCUUCUCGAAACCCUCUACAAAGCGCAGCGGCGCGGCCUCACGUUCACCGAAGAUGUCGCGUGUUCGAUCUGUGAUAUUCCGCUGGAGCGAGCGAGUACGGUCACGCCCGCGGCGGCUAUGGAGGAGGAUGUGGAUGGGGAACUGGAGGUGGAGAAGGCAACGAUUGUCGUGUUUUUCUGUAGGCACGUGGUUCAUAAAGGGUGUUUAAGGGCGCCUGUGGACGAGAUGUCGCAGACCCGGGCGGGUGCGGAUACACCAAGUAAAACAAGCGGCCGCGGGACACCGGUACAAGGAAUCAGCAAACCUCCCACACCCGUCUACCCCCACUACCACCCCCGCGACACAGACCGUGACCUUGCCAUCCGCCGCGUCUACGACCGUCCUUCUCAAAUCUCCACCCCCGCAAAAGCCCAACUUCUCUCCCCGUCCUCUGCAUCUAUACCCACAAUAGCCCUCUCGUCAUUGGCGUCAGAGGGAGCACCACCGAGUAGGAAAACAAGGGUGUUGUCACUGGGAUCCGGGCAUGGGUUUAGGCCGCCGAAACCGGUGCUGGUGUGUCCGAUUUGUAGACGGGAUAAAGGGCCGAGGAGGGGGGUGGGGGUAUGA